UCGAUGUUCUGUACAUGUAAUUGUUAUUGAAAAUAUAAAAUUUAAGAACGAAAUAUCACAUAAAACUGUGUAUUGCAGUGAUUUUCUGGAUUGCAGUGAAUGUUUGCUAACAUUUUAUGGAUGCUUUUAAGCGAUCCAAGUGCUCGAACAACCUCCUUUCGACCGUGAAUAAUGAUUGUCACGAAAUAAAACCUACAGGGCUAAGCGCGCUUCUUAUUCUAAAGAUUUGAAUUUGAAAAAGUAUUCAUGGUUUUGAGAGGGCAGCUGUGCAAUCCUCAUACAAAUGAAGCUAUGGCUUCUGAUCAACCCGUCAAGAAGAAACAGAGAAUCGACGCUCCUGAUAUUGACGAAGGCAGUGACCGAUCCGCCGAGGAUGUCCUGACCGACAUCUUCGAAAGCGAAACACCCGCUGAAACCUCUGAAGAAUUCCCAACAAGGAAUGGAGAGUCCCCAGACAGUGGUACUGUUAGUGAAGAUGCUGUCGACUGUUCUAGCAUAUUGAGGCUCCAGAGUGAUUCUGGUGUGGAAAUCUUACCGUCGUGUUCAAAUACAAACUCACAGUGGAAUUCUGAAAAUGACAAAUUACUAUCUGAACUGAGGUUACUUCAAAAUAACUUAAUCGGGCAGUGUUUAUGUCAAUUUGAUGAAAAUAUUGUUACACAACUAUUUGAUCGACAAUUGAAUAUUUCAACAUGGCCUUUGACGUCUUCCCUAACUUAUCUCUCGACUAUGCAGCUGAUGUUCGACAUAUAUCUCAAACAAAAUGGUACAGGAACAAUAUGUUCAAAAGUAAUGCAAGCAUGUGACUUACUAGUACGUAAUAGACAUGAUUGGAUAACCGAGGUUGUUGAAUUAGCUGACCACAAAAGUAAAUACAUCACAUUCAUAGCCAGUAGAGUAUUAGCUACAUUUUUGAUAGUAUCAAAAGACACAGUAGAUGAAAACUGGUUACAACAGAUAGCUGAAAAUAUUUAUUUAUUCGAUAGAAUCAACAGAAUUACAGUACAAAAGAUAAAUUUUACUCUAGAUAUAAUUAAAAGGAUAGUGGAGUGGAAAGAUGUUGAACAGCAUCCUUUAGAAGACAGUAACUACAUUAACACACCAAGUAAUACUUAUGUUCAAGAAGACAAUCCAUUUAGAAGUAAUAUAGGCUAUUCUAAUAGUACAGAAGGCCCAUCAAGUUCACAUAACAAUUUACACAAUGAAUUUUCAAAUUUACACACAAAUAGCACUCCGUCGACAUCAAAUGAACAGGCGGAGAAGCCCGUAAUCUUUAAACUACAAGAACCAGUAUUAAAAUUAGACUCUAAUGAGGAAAGGCAGGAGAUGGAGCAUUCUCCUGAAACACCAUCUGAAAGAAUAGAAAGAGUCAAUGAGCAUGGUUGCGUGACUGUCAUGCUGACAGAUUCUGAAUCUUUUGACACUUCACACAUAAAGUGCUUAACGAUAAAAACCUUGGAGCACCACUGGCCGAUUCUUGUGAAAAACAUGAAACUUUUACUACUAAGGUACCUGAAUUUAGCUAAUGCUGAAAAUUGUAUAUUAACAUUUUUUUCUUUAUGGGAGAACAUCAUAAGUGUUAAAGCGAAUCUCUCGAUAAUCGAUACAAAACCAUUUUAUGCAGACCUUCAGAGCUUUGUUGAUUUACUAAGGAAUACAAUGUUGCCGAGUUUAAUAUACACACAUUUGUUAAGUUUAUUCAAUGAGGUUCUAUGUUAUGGUUCGACAUUAGCUUUACAAGAUAUUUUACCUGAAGAAAUAUGCAGCUUAGCUCACUCAAUAGUGAGAUUUGUUAAAGAUUUUAGGUUAUUAAAUAAUGUAAGAGUACAAAAUAGUAGGAGUGGUUUUGGCUUUUUAGGGCACGACUGUAGGGUUGUAACGGACUAUUCCUUAGGGCCUGAAGUAUUACCCUUAUCAUCCUCGAUACAGUUAGUAGACCAGAGUUAUGGAGAUGAUGAAAUUGAUCAACAAUCACAGUCAGAGGUAGACAAGACUAUGUUGCAAAGAAUGUCUUUGCUUGUGCUAAAAUCUAUAGCUGUCACAGUCAAAGAGAUGAGAUGCGAUUCGUCAGACAGUUCAAUAGACUCAUCAGACUACAAUGCUAUACAAGACAUGCAGAUUGUAGAAAGGUCAAUACGGGAUGUAUUGAAGAAAUUAGAUGUUUUUAUACGGAAUAGUUUAGAUUUCCAUCCAGAAACACCAUUCACAAAAAUGUUAAUACAUUUGUUUAGUGAGCAAGACGAUUAUCUAAUAGAAUCAAUGGUUUGUACUUUGGAUAUUACAGUUGGCAUCGUCUAUAGGAAUUCCGUGUAUCCAGACUUAAUACCGAUGUUGAAUCCGAUUUCAUCGUUCAUAGAAUUUCUUAAGGUUGUUUCACACGACAGUGAUGUUCUGUUGGAUUAUUUGGUAAGUAAUGAGACAUGUUUUCUGCUAUACUUACUACGGUUUCUUAAAUAUGUAAGAAGGAACUGGCCUAAGUUUCUUGAUACAUGCCAGCAGACUGAUGCGGGAGGCACGAGAGGCCUAGACGACACAAUGAGAGUCUUAAUACGAUUACGUUUACAAAUAAGUCGAUUAGUGUCAAAAUCACUCUUCCCAUACAACAUAAGUCCUGUUCUGAGAUUGUUGGAGGUUUGUGAAAGCUUGUAUGAAGGUAACGAAUUUAGCUGAAUAUUGAUGUUCAUCAUUAAAAUUAACCCACACAAUAUACUGUGUGGGCUAGGAAGGUGUCCCCUUUAAAAUUACAAAGACUGCUAUCUUUAUUUUUACAUUCCAAAAUUCCUUACUCUAAAUGGUACUUUGUGCUAAUUCAUUUAAUUUAUAUUAGACUUUAGGAAUGUAUUAUUUGUAAUGAUAGAUGUAGAUUAUAAAAUUAUGGAUGUAUAAUAAUCGUCUUCCGUUUUUUAAAUGGCUUUUAAAUUGUGUACAGUGUGUUCAUAAAUGAAAAUUGAUGUUUUUCUAAUGAUUAUUUUUAUACAAUAUAUUUUCUAUGAGAAACUCAAUGUGCCUUAUUUUAAUAAAUGAAAGGUGCUGUACGGGAUAGGAACAAUUAUAUAAACAUUGCACAAAUAUAUAUAUAACAUACAAUUUUUUUUGUAAACAUAAUUUAGCAUAAUAUUAUUAGGAUAUAAUUUUGUAUUGAUUUAUUUGUUAGUGUUAAUUUAUUUUAAUUUCGGUUGUAUUAUAUAAAGUUAAGUUUUUUGCGUAAACGGGUCUGUGAAAGUUUUCUAUUUUUAAACUAAAUAAUGAUCAGUGCCGCGCUUUUGUGUGUAAAUAUUUGCCAUCAAUUACCAUUUUAUAUUAUGUAACUGUAAUAAUAAUAAUCAGUAUUAAUACAAUAUCCUAUUUAUGUUGAGAAAUAAUUUUGUAUUUUUUUUUUCGUGAAGUUCAAUGCUAUUUGCUUUGUAAACUUAGAAUGUCUGAUUGAUAAAACCGAUGUAACGAAAGCUGAUUAGAUUUAGAUUAAAAUUUAUUGUUUAACGGCACCACCUAAGUGUUGGCAAGGCACACAAAGAGCCUGCACUGGUAGGUACCAUAAGGUUACCUAACUAUGCCUCAACUUCCCCUCCAGGUCUGGUUUCCGGUGACCACUUGGCACAAGGUGGUGAGAGCUAGUUUGAUUGUCUAAUGCAGAGGCUCCCACACUUAAUUUGUCUACUACCCACUUUGAGAAUAAAUUAUCUUAUAGCGCCCCCACUUAUUCACCUACUUAAAAACCACUGCAGCGAGA